CAGUUGGCAGACAGGCGGCAUGACGGAGGAGAAAUGCCCCCAGCUAGUGGACUAUUUUGUGGUGGCAGGGCUGGCUCCGGGGGGCUCGGCCCUACUGGACGAAGAGGGCCAGCAGAGAGGGGGCCGGGUGGUGGAGCCGGUCACAGACCUGGCGGUGAUCGCCCGGGGCUUGGGGGAGGAGGUGCCCGAGGGCUUCACCUGCAUCGAGAAGACCCAGGGGGGCCACCCGGCCGAGCUGAGCACCGGACUCAUCAACAACCCCCACAUGUACCUGUGUUACCGCCGUGGGCAUGACAAGCCACCCAUCCUUGACCUCGGGGUGCUGUACGAGGGCAAAGAGGUGGUGAAGCAGGGCUGGUACUUGAUCGAGACCACCCCCUACAGCCGCUCAGCCAGCCUGAGCUCCGGGGGGCCCGCCACCCACCGCACCUUCCUGACUUACCGCCGGGCCCCAGAGUCCCAGGCCCUCCACACCCUGGGGGUCACAGACAUCUCCCUCCUGCUGCCCAGUAAGGGGGAGGUGGCCCCCCAUACCUUCUGCCGGGUGGAGAAGAACCUCAACACUGGCAUAUGGGGUCCAGCCUUAUACCUGUGCUACAAGAGAGCUGUAGCCAAAGCCAACGCCCUAGUCUAUGAAGCAGGUCUGAUCAGUCGGUAUCCGGAAGCGGACGUGGAGUCGUUCCCCCUGCCAGAGUCUGUGCCUAUGUUCUGUCUGCCCAUGGGUGUGACGGUGGAGAGCUGGCCCCUCAACACCAAGUACCAGCUCCCAGUCUUCUCUACCUUCGUCCUCACUAGCGCCUGUGGCGACAAGGUUUACGGUGCUGCCAUCCAGUUCUAUGAGGCGUUCCCACGGGAGUGCCUCUCGGAGCGGCAGAGUGUCCGUCUGGGCCUGGUGAGCGUGGUGGAUCGGCGGCCUAUCACCAACCGCACCCUGCAAGUGAAGAAGAGCGUGUGUGUUCUCUCCCACUGGCCCUUCUUCACUGUCUUCCAGAAGUUCCUCACCUUUGUCUACCGAUACUCCAUCUCCGGACCCCACGUGCUGCCCCUCGAGAAGCACAUCUCCAGCUUCAUGCACAACGUUCCGUUCCCUUCGCCUCAGCGGCCUCGCAUCCUAGUGCAGCUCUCCCCCUAUGACAACCUUCUCCUCUGUCAGCCUGUCUCCUCGCCCUUACUGCUCAGUGGUGCCAGCUUUGUGAAGCUGCUGCAGAACCUGGGCCCUGAGAACGCCUGUGUCCUGCUGCUGGCCGUGCUGACGGAGCACAAACUACUGCUACACUCUCUCCGCCCUGACGUCCUCACCUCCGUCAGCGAGGCCCUGGUGUCUAUGACGUUCCCUCUGCGUUGGCAAUGCCCGUACAUCCCCCUGUGCCCGCUGCGGCUGGCAGACGUACUGUGUGCCCCCAUGCCCUUCAUCGUGGGCGUCCACUCCAGCUACUUUGACCUCUAUGACCCCCCUACUGACGUGGUGUGUGUUGACCUGGACACCAACACCAUCUUUCAAGCAGAGGACAAGAAGCUGUUGUCAUGGCGAUCGCUACCAAGGAAGCAUGGCAAGAUGCUGGUGAAUACCCUCACCAACUUGAUGAAGACUCUGGAGAAAAUCUACACCACUGGCCAAGAGGAGGCCACCCUGGAGUUCCUGCUGACGGACUAUGACCUGAUCUACGGGCGUCAGAAGCAGCUGGAGCUGGAGAUCCAGGAAGCCUUCCUGCGCUUCAUGAGCUGCUUGCUGAGGGGCUACCGUGCCUACCUGCUGCCCAUCACCCAGGCUCCCUCAGACAGGACCACUGACUGCAGCUCCCUCUUCAACCUGCAGGGCUUCCUGAAGUCUCGUGAACGCACCCACCAGAAGUUCUACACACAGCUGACCAGGACCCAGAUGUUCACUCAGUUCAUCGAGGAGUGCUCAUUCGUCAGUGACCGCCACGCCUGUCUGGAGUUCUUCGACGAGUGUGUCCAGAAGUCGGAUGUGGAGAAGCCUGAGGAGGUGCGUCUGAUAGACCUGGACGAGGCCCACAGUGGGGAGCACACGGUCUUCAUCAUGCCCCCAGAGGAACCCCAGGAGCCAGACGGUUCAGAGUGCCCCACUCACUACAGCUAUGAGACGUUCCCUGUGCUCUGCAUGGAUCUGUUUGACCAGCCUCAGGACCAGCUACGUGUCCCUACCAAGGGGAGUGCCCCCAGCAGCCCUGCCCCGCGACGGACCAAACAGGAGAUUAAGCUGGCACAGAAGCGGGCACAGAUAUACUCGGCAGUGCCCGACAUGUGGUCCAAAUGCCUGCUGGGCCACUGCUAUGGGCUGUGGUUCAUCUACCUGCCCACCUUUGUGCGGGCAGAGAGUGCCAAGGUGCGUGCCUUGCAAACGGCAUACGAGGUGCUCAAGCACAUGGAGACCAGGAAGGUGGUACUACCGGAUGAGGUGUGUUACAGGAUCCUGAUGCAGCUGUGUGGGCAGUACGGGCAGCCUGUGCUCGCUGUUAGGGUACUUCUGGAGAUGAAGAAAGCUGGGAUCACACCCAACACCAUCACCUAUGCAUACUACAACAAGGCAGUACUGGAGAGCAAGUGGCCCUCCACCAACCAGGGUGGCCGUCUGCGCUGGGCCAAGUUGCGUAACGUUCUGAUGGCCGUGGCGCAGUUCAGACAGCCAGUCAGACAACGGCAGAAAAGUGGUUCAGUAGGCUCGCGGACAGAUACAAUGGACAGUAACCAACGAUCCUGCCCACAAUCUAACCUGAUUCGUCAGUCCAGCUGGAGCGGGCUGAGUGAAAGCUCCAGCCACGAAUCGCUGACGGGGUCUAUGGUGAAGAGCAACAGCCUGAACAGCAUGAGAGGCUCAACAGACAAGUCUAAGCUCUCAAUGAAGGCGGUGCUCCGGAACGCAGGUGCCAAUGGCUGCAGUGAUCCCGCCUCCCGUAAACCCCCCGUGGGGCCACGAGACACCGCCACCCCGUCUCCCUUUCCCCCUGGUGGUGUCCUGGUGCGCCGUGACCAGGUGUGCCUGUCCACCUUCUACAAAGACUGUGCCGAGACGGCCGACUCUGACCCUGACUGCAGCUGCCAGCCUGGGGAGAGAGACGGCAGGCCACCUGGGCCUAGAGACACUGUGAGCCGCAAGGCCGUGGACGAGAACUACAACAAUGUGUCACCGCCGAGUCGGGGCAGCCUGACGGGGAAACUGCAGCAGCUGCUCACGCCUACUCGCCAUCGAGUCUCGGGGCGGCGGGCCGCCAGUGUAGACGCCCGGCGCUCGGGGGGAGAAAACGGGCCGAUGCGCCGGGUGUCGGAACAGAGACAGUCCAGAAAAGCCCAGGUGGCUGAGAGCCUGCUGAAGGCUAAGGAGAGGCUCUACAAUGCUACCUCUGAGAGUUCUCUGUCAGUGGGGAGUGACGUCGAACUCCCUGACACCACCAAUUUGGCCUUUCCUCUCCGCAAGUCCUGGGACACCAACCAAGAGGGAGCGGGACUACAGGUGUUGAUGUCGAGUUGCUCCUUGUGUCGGAGCUGUAACUCUCUGGUCUAUGACGAGGAGAUAAUGGCCGGGUGGACGUCUGACGACUCCAACCUCAACUCCAACUGUCCCUUCUGCUCGACCACCUUUGUCCCCCUUCUCAACGCUGAGAUCUGUGACCUAGGACCCGUCAGCAGCCUGGAACGUACCAACUGGAACACGGUUGAGGAGGUGGAGAGCGCAGCCAAGCCCCCUGGUGGCCAGGAGGCCAUCCUGGGUCACAACGGUGUGAGUGAGGACUCCAGCUCUGAGACCAGCAGUUAUUCUGAGAGCAGCAGCGCUACCAUGGGUUCAUCGGUGGGCGAGUCUCCCCAGGUGACGGUGGCCUACCUGAGCCCAUUGGUGCUGCGCAAGGAGCUUGAGAGCCUGCUGGAGAACGAGGGCGAGGCGGUGCUGGCACAGGGCCAGCUCCUGGACAGCCACUCCAUCAUCUUCUGGAACCUGGUGUGGUACUUCCAUCGCCUGGGCCUUCCCAGCAACCUGCUGCAGCUGGUUCGCUCCUCACCGCUGGCACACCAACUAGCACAGACUUCAGAGAAUUCAGCAGUGAGGGUGAGGCUGCUGUGGGACACACUGACCCCUGACACAGACCACUGGCCCCCCCUCUACAUCCUGUGGAGGAUACACAGUGGCGUACCCAUGCGGAACCACAGCUGGCGGAGGCACAACCACCCCUUCACCCUGGCCUUCCUGGAGGAAGUGCUGCGCUGGGUCGGCAUGAACGAGGUACACAAGGGAAUCACCCUCUUCCUGGAAACCAUUGCUAAGCAACCAGGCACGCCCAAGAUACAAAGGAGUCUGUACAGAGAGAUGCUCUUCCUCACACUUGCUGCCAUGGGUAGAGAUCACGUUGCUGCAUUUGAUAAGAAAUACAAGGCUGCGUACCAACGGCUGAGUGGCUCCUUGGGUCGUGGGGAGCUCCGCAGGAAGCGAGCCCAGCCACCUAGCCCCAAGGCUGUGGACUGCAGACGGAGCUUCCUGCUGCCCCUCGAGUGCUGAUACCACCUCCAGCCUGCAGCCUCCACCCACUCAAAUCCAGAUCCACCCCCAUCGCUGAUGCCUCCGCUCCCUCGGAACACUGAUACCUAGCUGCCAAGAAGAAGGGAUGAUAAAAGCUAGACAGAAAACAACAGACAGAAAAUUCUGCCUUCUCCUUUCACUUUAGACUUCUUCGCUGUGCUGCCCCUAGCACAGCCUGGCCACACUAUAAAAGCCCCCCAACUGUGCAACUGUACCUCACUGUCCUUGUUUGUGUGAACCAGAUAUCUACAUUUGACCUUCAUUCAUUUCCAUUGUGCAACUGGCCUAUGGACAGCUUCCUCAACAACUAAACACAACCCUCUCGGCCUAUAGUUUAGCUAUAGGGAUUAUUGGACCUGGUACUGUACAUACAACCCAGCCCCCUUGGACUUUGCUCAUUGCUCGUAUAUACAUGGUCUCUGCCUCACCUGUAUAACUCAUACUGGUUUGUAGGUCAUAAACCAUGCAUUUCAUAUGUAUGAAAUUUGUAAGGAAUAUUACCGACCUGAAAUCUAUGCAUUCAAUGUGAACAUAUUCUAUAACUUGCAUUGCUUGGCUUUCAGACAGAAAAUCUCAUAAGAGUGGGAGAUGUCUAGUGAUUCUUGAUGUGAUGGGAAGUGCCAAUAUCAUCGAACUGUAACACAUUACAUUGCAAGGGUACAUACUAAUCACUCAGUCGCAGUCAAAACUUUUAGAUUAGAUUGCAUUUCAUGCCUCUCUUGCUUCUUUUUCACUCUCUGGAAAGAAUUCUGUCAACUGGACAUUCGUGGUAAAGUCCAACUUUCGGAUGAGACCGCUUCAGCAAGUCUCUGCCAAUCCAAACGAGGAUGUUUACUCUGGGAGAGGAUGAUGUUGAUUAUCAACUUCGGGAGGAUUAUGUCAACUAAAAAAGGAUGUCGACUGGGAAAGGAUGAUGUCAAACCUGGGAGAGGCUUAUGUCAACUCCGGAAAAGAUGAUGUCAACUCUGGUAAAGGAGGAUGUCGACUGGGAAAGGAUGAUGUUUCCUAUUGAUUUUUGGAGAGGAUGAUGUUAACUAUCGGUUUUGGGAGCAGAUGGUAGCAGUGUGGAUCAGCAAUGUAAUGGUUUGAUCACUAUCACUAUGGUUUCCUUAGUGUGUGUGUUUUCCAACUCAUGGUGUGGAAUGGAGCUAUGGUCAAACUUUGGGUAAGGCAGGAAAUAGCCUAUGCAGAAUCGGCAGAAAAUGCUAACAUCCAGUCUUCAGGUAUACAGUAUUUUCAACCUAAAGGAAGUGGGAAGUCUGCACAGGCUUCUCUAUGCCUGCAACAUUAUGUUAGGCAGGAAGUGGAGGGAGGGUGUGACUGGGAACGGACACUGACAGUCGAGGUUAAUCCACAAGUCACAACCAGGAAGGACUUUUCAUACACGGACACACAUACAUAUCGCAUACAAGAUUUAUCAGUUGUAUUGUGUUUUUAAUUCCCUGUACUGUUCUUGUGAAUUCGAAGUGUGAUUGAGGGUUCUCAGUUCAAGAACUGAUUGUCAAUGAUUGAGGUAUUUGUACCAGAAAAGUGUCUGACAGAAGAAAAAAAGAAAAACGUGUGGAAGGGGGGUUUAUUAUGGUAUGUACUAUGUCAAGUGUUUUCUCACCUUUUAUGCAUAUUUACCUCAUCUCACACCUCUUUUCCCGUGUUAAACGGGAGUGAUUUGUCUGGGAGGAUGGUUCACAAGGAAUGACUGUGAUGGAUCUUUAGUAGUAGUAGACUGUGAUGGACCUUUAGUCACACAUCACCAAUUUUUCAUUUACCACACAGUUAUUCACCACACAUUUAGGCAGUAGUAUGUUAUGGAUUGUUGGCAGAGAUUAAAGAACUUCAGAAGAUCCACUUGAGUGGAAGGAUUUAAUGAGAGGAAGGUACUUCACCGUGGAGCCCAUACUUACCUACUAGCUUCUUGUUUUCAUGUACAAUAUCUGUGAGGCCUCCCCCUCAUAUUUUAACCCUUUAUUUGUUGUUCAGCUUUGUAUAUGAAAACAUAUCAAUUGCGCAAUGGAUUUUUCAUUUUCUUUCAAUUUCAUUGUGUCACACUGUUAAAUGCCUCUGUUACAGUCAUACCUUGUUUUUGUUCUUGCAGUGUUAUAUAGCAGCGUCACGAGAGAAUACCUUGUGUUCUGCCUUUGAAGAUUGUGUGAGUGACAUAAAUGAUUGUCCCACCUGGGGAGUAAUGCUGUAAUUACAACUAGGGAUGUGAAGUUGUAGGGAGAACAAUUUUUUUAUCUCAUAUUUUAGUCUUAACCUUAGGGUGAGAUAUUUCAGAUGGCACUGAUAUCGUUGUGUGAUAUUGUACCCAUAUAUCAUUAAAGUACAAGAGAGACAUUGUUUGCACUCAGCCAUCCAGUCAACAGGGAUAUACAGACUGGAGCAAAGCAUUGAGCAUUCUCUACCGUUAGAGGGCAGUAGGGCAUACAGAGUCCAGUUCUAGCCAUUGCUAGUGGAAUUGGGCUUGAACAGGCUAAGGCAACCCUGGUCUUGGAAUUGACAUGUCUUUAGUAAUAACAUGGUGGGAACCUGUUUAUUCAAAUGACCUAUCAGUGGUCAUAACGUAAGGAGACCCAAGACGGAAUGCUGUUUAAAAGUUAGUUAUCGUCAGCGUCUCAAAUUACACCCUAUUUGGCUCUGGUCAAAAGUAGUGAACUGUAUAGAUAGUAGGUUGAUAAAAUGGUGUAUAAUUUAAGAUUUCCCAGCCCAGAGUUAGAUAAAAAAUAAUGUAGGUAGAUUUGUUCCCCAACGUAGGCAAUAUUACAUUUAUGGCUGCUAUUUCAAUGCAUCUGACUGCAAGUGAAUAUAAGGGACAUUUAUAUUGUCUGUUCUUUUAUUGGUCAAGUGAGCAAAGGAAUGAAGAGAGGAGAUCUGUAUUUAAAAUAUAUUGUGUUUGCUGUUGUAAUUUAUAUGGAUGUGACUUCAGUUGUAAAUGUCUUGUUUUAUAGAAGAAAAUACACACCGAUUCCCCAAA